GUCGCGUAAGGUGUGUAUUUCCCUUUUUAUAAUCAAGUCAGAUUCAUUGACAAUCUCAGAGACAUUGACAUUUGUGUAAUUAUUCAACUGUUUUUUAUAUUAUGCGAGAUUUAGUCAUCGUCAGCACAUUUAUCAAACUACUCUUGAUACCAGCUUAUCGAUCUACUGACUUUGAGGUUCACCGAAACUGGUUAGCUAUCACACAUAGCCUUCCCAUUAACAAGUGGUAUCUGGAGAACACAUCAGAAUGGACUUUGGAUUACCCCCCAUUUUUUGCUUGGUUUGAGAAAUUAUUGAGCAUGUUUGCGUCUCUGGUUGAUUCCGAGAUGCUCAAGGUUGAUAAUCUUGGUUACGCUAGUAGUGAGACAAUUAUAUUUCAAAGAUUGACGGUUAUUAUCAGCGAAUUGGUACUGUAUUGGGCAUUAGUGAGAUAUGCCAAGUAUUUCGGCAAUAAAUACGUUAAUUGGGUCAUAGUGGGAUCUUUGUUUCUCCAUCCUGGUCUUAUAAUUGUUGAUCAUAUUCAUUUUCAAUAUAAUGGUUUUCUGUACGGUAUUUUGGUUUUGUCAAUUGUAGAAGCGAAAAGAGAUAAUUUACUUUUAUCAGGCGUCCUUUUUGCUAUAUUGCUAAACUUCAAACAUAUCUACUUGUAUAUGGCGCCUGCUUAUUUUGUGUACCUCUUAAAUGCAUACUGUUUUGUCAAAGUUAAUGAAGAAGCAGGGCAUCAAUUUUCUUUCAAAAGGUUAAUUUUAUUGGGAGGUUCUGUUUUAACCAUAUUUGGGAUUUCCUUUGGACCCUUUAUUUAUUUUAAUCAGCUUCCCGCAGUUUUUGGCCGUCUCUUCCCAUUCACCCGUGGACUCUGCCACGCUUAUUGGGCUCCAAAUUUUUGGGCGCUUUAUUCUGGUGCAGACAGAGUUUUAAUUAUUGCUGCCAAGAAAUUCGGAUGGAGCUUAAAUGAAGAUGCGAUCACUUCUAUGACAAGAGGCUACGUUGGUGAUACUCAAUUCGCUGUUUUGCCUACCGUUGAAGCUAUUCAUACAAUGAUCAUCACUGUGCUGGUACAAUUGAUUGUAUUGCAGAAAUUGUGGAGAAAGCCAACAUUUAACAACUUUUUAUCGGCUCUUACAUUAUGUGGAUUUGCAUCCUAUUUAUUCGGGUGGCAUGUUCAUGAAAAAGCUAUCAUGAUUGUACUGAUUCCCUAUGGAUUAAUGGCAGCCAAUAGCAAGGUCAAUCUACGCGUCUUGAUUGUUUUGAGCGCCGCAGGCAUUUGUUCAUUAUAUCCAUUGUUAUUUCGCUCUGCCGAAACACCUAUCAAAAUUACUCUUACAUUGCUAUGGUUCUGUGCAGUGAUACCCGGUUUAGCAUACAGCCUUCAAAUGCCAUUGAAAAAUCUAUUAUCUGCCCUUGAAGUGAAUUAUUUAUACGGCUUGAUCGCACUUCAAUUAUACACGGGAUUUAUCCAUGACAUAAUCUUUCAGGACAACCGCCUUCAGUUUUUACCCUUGAUGGUGACAAGUUUAUAUUGCGGGAUCGGAAUCGUUUAUGGCUGGGCCUACUUUAUGUUGGAUUACUUGAUGACUUAAUAAACAACCCUUUUUUUUGGAUUAUCAAA